AUUCAGUUUGCGCUCUCGCUCGCACUUGGUUUGAGAUGGAGUACAGAACUGGUUAUCCGCCAAUGAACCCCGGUGGUUAUCCUUACCCGGGACCGAAGGAGGAUUCCCAUGUGGUCACCACUACCGUGGUUAACGUGGCUCCGAAUGUGACCUCGGUCCGGGACCACUUCCUCUGGUCCAUCUUCAACUUUGCCUUCGUGAACUUCUGCUGCCUGGGCUUCGUGGCACUCGCCUUCUCGGUCAAAUCUAGAGAUCGGAAAGUUGUGGGAGAUGUGGAAGGAGCUCGGCAUUAUGGGUCAACAGCCCGAACACUCAACAUUGUAAUCGCAGUGAUCGCCACCCUAUGCAUUGUACUUUCCAUUGUGAUACCAUUGGCUAUUGCGUUAAGUGCACGUUGAGUCCAAAAACAACAGGAACUGCAGCAAAUGGUGAUAUUGGAAUUGAACCAAUUAAAACUACAUUUCUAUGAGAACUUUUAUAUCCAAACUCUUGAUACAUUCUGCCUAUUCUUACUUUUUUCUAUGUAUAAUCUAUAUGUAAAGUUGAUAUGUUUAAAUUGAUCACCUAGCAUCAAUACAGAAGUAUUUCCAACAAAAACUGGCUAAAGUAUAGCUUGAUUCUAUUAAUAAAGCACAUGGUAACAA